AUGAGAACGGAGAUGUUUGUUGAAACAGUCAGCGGGGGCGGGGUAACCUGGCAAGGUGCAGCACGUGUUGAGCUAAGCCCAAAUGGACCAGACACUCCAACUGGGGCUGAUCGAGAUUGCCAAACUCAUACUAGUACUCAAGUUAUGGCAGACCAGGUUACCAUCUAUGAGGCCACACUGGCCUGUCACCGGGUCUUUCGAGACUCGGCUGCUGUGCCUACUCUUCAAGAAUGGGCAGAGAACCGUCUAGCCGAUCUGAACCUGUGGGCUAGUGGAGCCGGGGCCUUGAAGGUCGGAAAGGCAUCCCUCGAUGCUAGACUGUCCUCAAACCCGGACGCAAAAAUAUUUGUGGUGAAUCUUCUGGGAAUGCUGCAGGCCUUUGUGGAACGGUGCGUUGAGACAGGUACUGUCGAGUCAUCACAUUUAGCAGAAAGGACGAGGAAUGACUUCUUCCUAGGAACCGACGGACACACUGAUACGUUAGAUCAGGCUAUGCAGGAUGUGAAAUCCAUUAUUGGCCAACUCAGUCGGAUCACAACUUCCAUUCGCAAGGCUGGCACUAAUGCUCGGAUUCAGAAAGCUGAUGCUUCUUACGACCCUGAUCAUCCGCAGGUCAAAGCUUUGAGAAUUCAUCUACAGCUGCUGUUACUAUCAAGACCUACUAAUAAUGGCACUCUGCGGGUACUGAUUUCUUCGCAUGGCGUGGUAUUGACUUCGCCCGUAGACGAGACCAUUGUGACCGAUUCGCGUUCAUUGACUGUUAUUCAGCAACGACUCAUCGAAGCGAAUCUUAAACGGAGAAAUCGAUUUUUGUAUGCUCAGCGUCAUGCAAUCAAGCUAUCCGAUGAGGAUCCUACGGUAUCGACAUCGAUACAAACCCCUCAAAAAGCACCCCUGCCACCGGGUGCCAACCCCUUCGCAAGGUCGACGGAAGAGCCUGAACUACCAAAAGUGUAUAGCACAACAACUGCAACGGAUGUACAAGAUCCAAUUCAGUUACCAACGCGAUCCAGUGCCCAGCCAACGACCACAGUCAUAUCUGAAAUAAGUUCUCGUGUGACUUAUCCCAAACCUCCACCACUUAGGAGUGCUCAAAAUAUUUUCCAGUGUCUGUGCUGUUGCCAGACAUUGCCAGCUUCCGUGGGCAGAGGAAGUCAGUGGAAAGAUAUUCUUCCCUACACAUGUAUUCUAGAAGAUUGCCCUCGUCCCGAAAGGCUUUAUCAUACAAAGGAUCUCUGGCUGUCGCACAUGCUCACAGAUCAUGGCGGCACUUCCCACUGGGUUUGCCUCGCAUGCAAUGGCUCGAGCGAACGACGGGUGUUUUUUGAAGACUCGGCAUUGACUGAACAUUUAGAGCAAAAGCAUUCAAGGGGUAUCAAACCCCAGCAAAUCCCCAUGUUGGCCUCUGCCUGGCGCCGAAAACAGCCUCCCUCUAUCGAAUCAUGUCCACUCUGUGGGUUGACAGACCCGGAUUUUAAUGUCAUUUUGAACCAUGUUGCCGAGCAUCUGCAUGCAUUCUCGCUUAGGGCCUUGCCAUGGGCACAGGGAGACUUUGAAUGUAAUGGUAGCUCAUACGGUGACUAUUACGAAGAUCAUCCUUAUUUUGACACAGGACGAUCGGACGAUACACGAAGAUUGGGAUCCGGGUCUACUGAAUUAUCUGAGCAGAUGAGUCUGGAAGACCUGCCUGUCAUGGAAUCUCGCAAGAUGCCAACUAAAAACAACCACUUGACAGAAGACAAGAUACGCUGCAUUUCAGAAGACCCGAAUGGUAACGAAGAUAUGAUGGCUGCGUUCUUAGCUGGCAUCGAGAACCAAGAUCCUGUAACGGCACCCUUUCAAACCCCACCAUCGCCAGCCCGCUCUGAUAGUGGGCCACCCCUCACCGAAGAAAAAAGCAUCCGGCUCCUCGACAUGCAUUCCGUUCCAUCAUUAAGUGUUAUAGACCCUAGAUAUUUGGAUCGUGACCACUCCUCGACCAUUCGAGCGCCACUGCCAGCCCCAUCUGACAGCGAAUCCUCCACAGACGAAGAGGAUGAACACUAA